AUGAUGAGCCAAUCCGACGCCGUUUUCAAGAGUAUAUUGGAGCAAGGGUUUGAUCUGGAUGAAGCUCUGUGGAUGCCGAGGACGGGGGCGGAGGAGGCUGAUAAUUCAGGCCAUGAUGAGGCGGAGAUUACAAGCUUCAGCUCCUCAGUCGCCAACUUGCCAACAGUUUACGAGAUAAGCAGCGGCGGCGCGUGCACCGUCUGUAUGGAGCGUGUAGACUCAGGUGUUAGCGCCAAAAAAAUCCCCUGCGGCCAUGUCUACCACGCCUCUUGUAUAGCCACUUGGCUCUCUCACUGCAACUCUUGUCCUCUUUGUCGCCGCCAGAUCAUCAUCUCCGCCGCCGGCAAAUGA